AUGCGGCUUUUCGUCGUUCCCAUCUCGACCAGACGGGCGCUGAUCUAUGCUCGGCCGCUUAGCAAGGAUCUUUCUAAGGAGCUCUCGGUAAUUGAUCGCGUCACGACCAAAGCCGCAGAAGUAUGGGCAAAAUGGGAGGAAGCCGAUAAAGGCUGGAAGAAACACCUGGUGACAUGGGGCAAUCGAGUCCAGCAGCGGAUUCCGUUCGAAGAAUGGGCGCUGAAAAGCAUACCGUCUCUCAAGGCGCAAAGACGACUCGACCAGUCGUCGGAGACGAAGAAAGUCGAUGUCUUAUUCCCCGGUAAUGCGAUCAAGGCCGAGAAGCUUCGGUCCAUCCUCUGGAAACUGGCGACAGAGCGACAAGAGUUGCACCGUAAGAGGAUGUGGUGGAGCUUGAUGGCGACUCCCUUCACUGCACCAGUCGCGCUAAUUCCAGUAAUACCUAACAUUCCCUUUUUCUAUCUUGCGUACCGAGGUUGGUCGCAUUGGCGAGCAUUGAAUGGCUCUAAACAUCUAGAAUACCUUUUGAAGAAAGACCUUCUCAACCCUGUCUCAUUCCCAGGUCUAGAGCAACUCUACGCAAAACGCGUAGCUCGUGCUCUGGGAAACGAUGGCUUGGAAAAGGCCGCUUCCAGUAUGGUGGAAGAAGUGGAGAAAAACGAAGACAGGCUAUUGCUUGAUAUGGCCGAUGCUAAGAAAUUGGCAUCAAUCCUCGAUGCACCCGAGCUUGCGCUUGAAGCGGAACGAGCAAUCUAUCAGGUCGACGAGAGCUUGAAGACGCAGAAUCAAGCUGCUGCAGAAGCCGCAGAAAGUUCUACUGCGUCCAAGGACAAGAAGACUUGA